AUGAGUUUCCUCAACACGUUGCAGGAGUACGUGAGCAAUAGUGUUGCAGGAUUGAGUCUGAAAAGUCCGAAACGAUUCUCUCUAACUCGCACCGACACAUCAGAGCCGGCUUUAGCGCCGUCAAGUUCCCGGAGCAAUUCCGGCGACAGCAACACUCCCGGUUUUCCGAAAGUUAUCCCCACCCCGGGCGCGGUAGCUCCGAUACAACGGCGUCGGAGCACUCUGGAAUGUCCGGUUCCCGCACCGCCGAACAGGCGGCCCGGUUCAUUUCGGCAGAAGUCGCCGCGCGCGACUCCCGAGCGACAGAGUUCGUUCUGCUGCAGAAGGCAGAGCUGGCCCGAGAUUGACCAUCAGGUCUGCUCCGGUAAACUCGAGACGAAAUUAGAUCAAGUCAACCCAAUUGACGCAAAUAGCAUUAAAACGUCAAUGUAUAAGUUACAAACUGAUAUUAAUGAGCUAAAGAACAUCAAACCAGAAACCCAAACCAACAAUAACUUUGAAAAAAUCGUACAAGAACUAACUGUAAGAGAAAAAAGGAAAAAUAAUCUCAUAAUAUUUAAGCUAGCAGAACAAGUACAAGAAAUCGACGGCUCUUACUUCGAGAGCUUCACCGCGUUGGCAUGGAAGCAGGAAAAUCAGCGGCAGAGCAUUUUAAAAUUAACCGAAACUUCGUCCUCGGAUCCGCCGCCUCCCGAGAGCGAAUUGGGGAUCACGCCGAUCGACUACAAUUGUCCCCAGCACGAAAAGGAGAAGUUGUAUGUCGAAAUGCUUUACACCAUAGCUAAUACGUUAUCUGUGCCAGAAUAG